AUGCGAAUCUCAAUCAAAAUGAAUCGUCGAUAUUUUACUAUGCUUGCACUCCUUUCUCUUGUUGUUAUCGCUUCAACAAUGAGCAUUAAACCUGACGAACAAGUCAAAGGCGGAUGUCCGCAAGCAGAAAAAGUGUGUCGUGGGUUCGGUGGUGGUGAUUUGUGUAAUAGUCGUUGCCGACAAUGUGGCUACUCACGUGGUGCUUGUGGAGGAUUCGGGUGGCAAACUUGUCAAUGUCUAUAA